CAAUUGUUGUCAAAGUAAUAAUAUAAACAUGAAAAUGAGAAUGAUUUUCUUCUCAAUUUUAUUGAUUACUGUCAAUAUAAGUUUGUCCAAGGAAAUGCCAACUGAUCCAACAUCAAAUAUGAACUCGACCAUUGCUUGUGAAUUAAAUGUAGUGAAACGAAUACAAGAUUUAAUUAUAGGAUACACUGGACAAAACUCUACGAUGAUCAAAACAUUUUUACAAAAGGAUGAUCUAGAACAGAAAAUGCAUAUUUUUUUUGCUACAAAUUUCUGAAUUUAACUCACACCUUCUUCUGUUGUUUUGUUCCCUUAGUAAUUAAACGUAUUGAUGAAGUAUUAGAUGGUCAGAUUACAAUAGGAGUGAUAGCAACAUCUGAAGCUAAUGCUACAGGAAAUGCAUAAACUUAUCUUUUCAGCAUACUCCAAUCUGGACAUGAUUCCAAAUGAUUAAAUGUAACGCUUCAAAAUUCAAAAUAAAAAUUUAAUCUUGUUA